AUGAGUGACGACGAAGAUACGUUUGUGACAUAUGGUGAACCUUUUGAUGAAGAUGAUGCAGACAAGUCGAAAUUCUUUCACCCAAAGGUGAGACCACAGGCGUAUGAACAGCGCGUUCUAAAUGAACGUGGUAGGCCUGCUCGUUUUCAUGGUGCCUUUACUGGCGGCUUCUCGGCUGGAUAUUUCAAUACUGUCGGCUCCAAGGAAGGCACAAGAAAUCGCGGUCACAAUGCAGACCACCCAGCUCAGCCCAGACCAGAAGAUUUCAUGGAUGAGGAGGACCUUGGUGAAUUUGGUAUUGCCCCUCGCCAUUAUCGUACGCGUCGCGAAUACGAUGACCGCCAUAUUUUUAACACUCUUUCUGAGUCCCUGGGGGGCAAAUCCAUCAUUCCCAAUGCUAAUGAUAUCCUGAAAAGGAUGCUUAUUCCCAGCGCAACCAGCAUGGCUGAUAGACUUCUACGGCGCAUGGGCUGGAAAUGUGAGGAGAUUACAACCGCAUUGACGGAAGAUGAAGAUGAAUCCAAUCGCAUCGGCUCGUGUACAGAACGCGACUACGCCGUCAUUAAUUUUACUCCAAAGGCGAACACAUUUGGCUUGGGUUAUUCGGGCUUAGACCCAGAGAUUGCCCUGGGUCGGCGUGCCCCCACCCUGCGACGCGAUCCCCAGUCGGAGUCAGUGGACGCCCUUCAGCGCCGAACGGAGUCGCGCAGUGAACACGGCUUCAAUCCCAGCACAAAUCUCGUUCGUCAGGGUAUCAGGGGGCAGGCAUUUGGUGUUGGCGCGCUGCACUCCGAGGAUGCAGACAUCUACGCUCAGGAAAGCCUUGCCUCGUACGAUUUCAGCAUUGGCGCUGGAGACGAAAACGACGGUGACGACGGCGACGACGAAAUGGCCGAACUCGAGGCUGCACGGCACGGCCGCUUUUCCGAUCUCCGGAAGCGCAGCAAGGAGAAGGCUACCACCAUUGAUGGAUGGACACCCCCGACCCUCCCGAAGGUUUCGAUAUCGGGAGUCGAGGAGGAACCCACGUCGAAUGUUUUGGAGGGCUUCUUGAUGCCCGUCGACUCAGGAGCGUGCUUAGUCCUGGCGAAUACGGAAUUCUUUGUGAUGCCCGAACCGGUUAUUCUUCCACCCGGCUACAGUCCCAUCUUUCACCCUGAGUGCCUUGGUGAUAGUCCUGGUUCACCGAAGCCCACUGAAUUUACUGAGAAGGACUCUGUUUUCAAGCUCCUACGGCCAGAAGACAAACAAUAUUUAGAACAGAGGGUGGAAGAGGCGCGUAAGCUUUCAAUGUCUUCCAGUUCCCCUUCGAUGCCCUCCAAUGCCCCUCUUUUGAGGCCCUUCACCAGUGAUUCCGCCAAACAAGCGAGGUUCGAGUCAUACCAGGUGCUUGUCAGGCGAGGAAUCCCGCAUGAAGUUGCCUACCAACGUUGCUCAAGUGAGGCCACAGAUUUAAGUGCAGAGACUCGGCAAUUCGAGGCCAAUGUGUUUGCUACCCUCUUAAAAAAUCUGACCCAUACUCCCGCUGUUGCUGAUGCCUCUAAGCCUUGGCCGUCAAACGACCACAAAGGCGACAAAAAGCCCCUGUCUGCUGGCAUCCUGGAUACCGAGAAACAGAGGCUGGUCUCCAAUCUCCUCAAGUCGCGAUUUCGAUCAGCUGGUGAAAUGGACAUUACAAAGGAAUUGACCGAAGCCCAGGAGGAAGAGCGCAGGAAAGAAAUCACGUCAUUGGACAUGACAGACCCGCGAGACAAUGCAGCCGUAAACGACUCCUAUGGCGUUCUCACACGUCGCAAGCUCCUCUGGCACCCAGCAGCACUUCUCUGCAAAAGAGUCAACGUCCCUAAUCCCUACCCAGAUUCAACCUUCGUCGGAUGUCCAGAAGACAGACGCUUCCGACGCCCUCCACGCAGGGGAAAACGACGACGGGACGAUGUGACCUCCACAGAUUUCACUCUUUUCCAACUGCUUGAUCUGAACGUCGGAUCAGGAGAAGGGCAGGAGGGCGACGAAUAUGGCACUUCUUCAGGCUCUGAAGCCGAACAAGAAGGCAGUAAGGAGCGAGAAGAAGAAGAAGAGAUUCUUGCUGGUCCGACGACGCAAUCGAAGCUCCCAGGUGGCCCCACACCCACCAUUUUCGAUGCGCUCUUUAGUAUUUCGGGGGGACCACAAAAGACAGCAGAGGAAAAUAAAGGAAGUGCGCCUGAUUCGUCCUCUCCGUCCGAAUUGUCACCUUCCAGUGCAGCUUCUGAUUCCGACUUGUUUGUCAUGCUUAAACAGGCCGCACCCCGGGUAAUCGGUCCUACUGCUGCACCAAUUCCGACAAGCGCAACUACAGGUGAUGACUCCGGGUUACCGCAGAUGGAUCUUUUUAAGUCUAUCUUCGCUUCCGAUGAAGAAACAGAUAACGAAGACGAGGAGGUGGAGGAGGAGGAGGAGCUGCAGCCUCCUCCUCAACCAUCAUCGGAGGCAGUACCGGCUUCGAUGGCAACCCGAGACCAAUGUGACGAGCAGGAGCCUUCCACCCAACCCCCUCCGUCCACUCCCACCACAACUGUUGAUGCCCCUCAACCACCAUCCUCCACUUUAUCAGUUCAUCAACUGUUUAGUCAUUUAUUCAACCCAGGAAUGGAUGGUGAUGCGCCUCUGUUCGCCGUCUCGAAAGUAACUCAGCAAAAAGCAGAGGAAAAGCGUGCGCAUGAGGAGAAGGCCUCCGCCGCCGCCGUCGUCGAUGAUUUCUACGGACCAGCUCUUCCUCCCCACUUCGAACCCACACCGGAGUUGACGACUAAUCCCACCGUGCAGAACUACUCCUUGCCUGCAUCCUCCAGCUCGGUCGUAUUUGUCGAACGUGAUGGCCCCGAGAAACAAUCCCACCCUGUCGAGCUUGCGGCGCGUUCACUGGGUCUGACGAAGACUAGGUCGCGCAGUAUUGUGUGGCGAAGUUAA